AUGCUAUUUGUUCUUCCACACUAGUCUCUUCUAGCUACGAUAACCCCAUAAUUCUCCCUCUCAGUUCGGAUGGUGACGUGGCCGCCACGUGGGGUGGCUGAUACUUGACUGACAGUGAUGGGCUGAUGGCAUCCAUCUAGCAAACUGCAAACCAGGUCAUCUCUGAAUUUCCCCAACAAAGAGCGAGCAUAAACCCCGCUAUACCCGCUUCCUUCUCUCCAAUCUCCGGUGCUCGCAUCCCGCUCCGCCUCCAUGCGCCGCGGCAGUUCCACGACGCCAGUCCUCUCACCUCUGUCCUGACCCAACACCCGGGCGGCUGGAACCCGCAGGUGCGCUUAGUGCCGCUCGAGGAGGCUCGCCGUUUGCUGGAUUCGUUCUGUCCUUUGCCGGCCGGCAUUGUGCCCUCCGCGGCGGCGACAGGGGCGUGCGCGGUGCUGCUGUAGGGGAGGGUGACGGCCAUCUCCCUGGUCGGCCGCGGCCCGGGCUGGUGGCGUGCGGUUGCGUCUCGACUCUGCUUUUUACCGUUGCUUGCUACUCUAUCUACCGCCUGUACAGGUCUACUGAAAUUCCACUAUUCUGCCGUUGUAUGCUUUGUGCUGUUGUUGAGCAGAGGAAGACGGAUUCACAAAGCACGGUGCUCCCCAAGUCUAGCAGGGUGUGUUGUAUGGCUUCCACGCUCCAGCUGUUGUUUUCCAUUGCCAUCACAGCUUUGGCCUUUUUCCUCCACCCAUGCGCAUCGACUGAUGAGUUCCACCGUGAGCUCUACGGUUGGUCCAAUGGCAUCGCUACAUGGUAUGGCGCAGCUGAUGGCGCUGGAACUGACGGUGGUGCGUGUGGAUACCAGAAUGCUGUGGACCAGCCACCUUUCUCAUCCAUGAUUGCCGCUGGCUGCUCUUCCAUCUACGACUCUGGCAAGGGCUGUGGCUCUUGCUAUCAGGCUGUAUGCACCGGCAAUGACGCUUGCUCCGGUAACCCGGUGACUGUCGUCAUCACCGACGAGUGCCCCGAUUGCCCGUGUCCUGAUGAGCAGGUCCACUUCGACAUGAGCGGGACAGCGUUCGGUGCCUUGGCGAAGCCCGGGCAGGAGAGCCAGCUGCGUGGCGCCGGCGCCAUCCAAAUCCAGUAUACCCGGGUGCAGUGCGAGUGGCCUGGCGUGGACGUGACCUUCUCGGUGGAGCCGGGCUCCAACCCGAACUACCUGGCCGUGCUGAUCGAGUACGAGGAUAGCGACAGCGACCUCGACUCCGUGGACAUGAUGCAGACGCAGGGCGGGACGACGGGGCAGUGGGUGCCGAUGCAGCAGUCGUGGGGCGCCGUGUGGAAGAUCAACUCCGGCUCCGUCCUCCAGGGCCCCUUCAACAUCCGCCUCACCUUCAGCUCUGGCAGGGCGCUCGUCGCCAGCAACGCCAUACCUGCGGGGUGGAACGCCGGCGUCGCGUACCGGUCUGGCGGCGUGGCUGUGACGAGGGCCAGGCCCAGGAGCGGUGCCUGCCGGGGCUACGAGGCUGCCGGGACACUGGAUGGUUUGGUGCAUCGUCACCUCGUCGUGUUGUUGUUACUGGUGUUAUUGACGCUGUGAGCCGAGAUGCGAUGCAAUUUUGCUGGUUCUGGGAGCGUGCGAGUUUGGGCUACAUGGACUGAGUAGCUCUGUGUAUUUUUCUUGCAUCGCAUCGUAGUGGAUGGAUUACUGCGUCGUAUUGUGGACAUGUCUGGUGGUUAUCAAAUGUCCGUCCAUAUAAUACUCCUUCCACCUCAAAAUAAAUAAAAUUUCAGAAGUCAAACUA